AUGAAGAUGACAGGAAGUAGUAGAAAAAAAGUGAGAACUGGCGGUGGUUUGGUGAAAACAGUCAUUUUCAGAGUGUUACUGUUGGUUCUCAGUAUCAUUGUUUAUAAUACUGUUAUGUUCACUUCGAAACAACCAAAUGUAGAGUUGUUGGAGAAAGAUCAUAUCGAUUCCUAUUCGGCUUUGUCGGCGCGACAGCUGGCAGCACGUCUCUCCGAUGCCAUCAAAUUCAAGACUGUCUCCUACAACAAUCCAAACGAUAUCGAGUACGACGAGUUUAUCAAACUGCAUCGAUACUUGGAGCAGACAUUCCCAAAGACAUUCAAAUACCUUGAGGUAGAGGUCGUCAAUAAAUAUUCACUGCUUCUGAAAUGGCAAGGAAGCGACCGUGAUUUGAAACCGGUCAUGCUCGCUGGACACAUGGAUGUCGUUCCAAUCACGAAUCACGAGCACUGGACACAUCCACCAUUCGAAGGUGUGCUGGACGACCAGUAUAUCUGGGGUCGUGGAUCGAUGGACGACAAACUGGUUGUCAUGGGAGUGUUGGAGGCAGUCGAGGAUAUGAUUACACAGGGAUUCCGUCCACAGCGAACAUUGUAUCUCGCAUUCGGACACGACGAGGAACUGGGUGGUGCGAAUGGCGCCAAACACAUAGCACAACUUCUCAUGUCGCGAAACGUUCAGUUUGAGUAUAUCCUCGAUGAAGGUUUGCUCAUUAUUACACCACCGGUACUGCCCGGUGUCGACAAACCGAUUGCCACCGUUGGAAAUGCAGAGAAGGGAUUCCUCACGGUCGAGCUGACGGUGACAACCGUAGGUGGCCAUUCGUCAAUGCCACCCAAGAACACAGCGAUUGGAAUUCUCUCAUCGGCAAUCGCCAAACUCGAAGCCAACCCAAUGAAGUCAAACUUCAAAGAGGUGGCAAAUCUAUUGGAUUUCGUUGGACGUGAAGCAUCGCUACUCUACAGAAUUAUUUUCUCGAACCUCUGGUUGUUCAGACCAAUCAUUUCAAUGUCAAUGUCCAACAAACCAAGUUUAGAUUCACUUCAAAGUGGAACUAAACCAAAUGUUUUACCAUAUACAGCAAAUGCAACAUUAAACUUUAGAAUUUCACCAUCAAAUAAUAUUCAAGAUGUAUUGGAUCAUAUUAGAAAUACAAUUCAAGAUGAUAGAAUUCAAAUUGUUGAAAUUGAAUCAACAGAACCAGCACCAGUUUCACCAACAGAUUCAGGCUCAUUUAGAUUAUUACAAUCAACUAUUUUACAAGAAUUCCCAAAUAUCAUUGUUGCACCAGCUGUAAUGGUAGCCAACACUGAUACUAGAUGGUAUUGGGAUUUAAGUCCAAAUAUUUAUAGAUUCUGUCCACAAAUAUUAUCAAACAGUGAUUUAACAAGAUUCCAUGGUAUAGAUGAAAGACUAUCAAUCGAUAAUUAUAGACAGGUGGUCGACUUUUAUUAUCAUCUCAUUAGAAAUGGUGAUGUUAAUAAUACAGAGUUCUCAGUUAUUAAAAAACAUAUACAAUAUUAA